AUGCCCGCGGGCCUCACGGAGCCGGCCGGCGCCGCUCCCCUCUCCGGUGUGAGCGCCUCCGGGACCGUGACCAGGGCCCCUGCCGGCCCUCCGCCGGCGCGGGUGGAGAGCACUUCCGUGACCCUGGGCGCCGUGACUAAGGCUCCUGUCAAUGUCUGCGUGGAGUCCACGGCGUCCCAGCCCCUGCGGUCCCCUGUGGGGACCCUGGUGACCAAAGUGGCUCCUGUCAGUGCUCCUCCUAAACUCAGCAGCGGCCUUGGGCUGCCUGCUCCUCAGAUGGUCGCCGUGAAAGCCCCCAACACCACAACAAUCCAGUUGCCUGCUAAUUUUCAGCUUCCUCCAGGAACGGUUUUGAUCAAAAGUAACAGUGGUCAGUUGAUGUUGGUAUCUCCUCAGCAAGCUGUAACAAGAGCCGAGACCACAAGUAACAUAAUUUCAAGGCCAGCUAUACCAACCAAUACUCAAACAGUCAAAAUCUGUACGAUGCCGAAUUCUAAUUCACAAUUAAUCAAGAAAGUGGCAGUGGCACCUGUUAAACAGUUGGCACAAAUGGGAACUACUGUGGUAACCACUGUUUCAAAGCCUUCCUCAGUACAAUCUGUGGCUGUGCCAACCAGUGUUGUCACAGUUACUCCUGUAAAACCAUUGAAUACUGUAACUAACCUGAAGCCUUCAAGUUUGGGAGCAUCACACACCCCCUCAAAUGAGCCCAGUCUCAAAGCAGAGAACUCAGCAACUGCUCAGACUAAUCUUUCUCCGCUAGAAAAUGUGAAGAAAUGUAAGAACUUCCUUGAAAUGUUAAUAAAACUAGCAUGCAGUGGAUCACAGUCCCCAGAAAUGGGGCAGAAUGUGAAGAAGCUGGUGGGACAACUUUUGGAUGCAAAAAUAGAAGCAGAAGAAUUUACUAGACAACUGUAUAUUGAACUCAAGUCCUCACCUCAGCCUCACCUAGUUCCUUUUCUUAAGAAAAGUGUGAGUGCCUUACGACAACUCAUGCCUAACUCCCAGAGCUUUAUUCAGCAGUGUGUUCAGCAGACUUCUGGCGAGGUAGUCAUUGCUACCUGUACCAAACCAGUAACAACUUCUGUGGUGACAACAACAGUUUCCUCAGUCCAGUCUGAAAAGCCCGUCAUUGUUUCUGGAACAACAGCACCUAGAACUGUGUCAGUACAAAGCCUGAAUUCACUUGCUGGUCCAGGGGGGGCAAAAACUGGAGUUGUGACACUUCAUUCUGUGGGUCCAGCUGCUGUAGCAGGAGGAACAACAGCUGGAACCGUUUUGCUUCAGACUCCAAAACCGCUUGUGACAUCUAUACAAAAUACAGUUACAACAGUCUCACUUCAACCUGAAAAACCAGUCGUCUCUGGGGCAGGAGUAACUUUGGCCCUUCCAUCAGUAACUUUUGGAGAAGCUUCAGCAUCAGCUAUUUGUCUUCCAUCUGUGAAACCUGUCGUUACUUCUGCUGGGGCCACAUGUGACAAGCCUGUCAUUGGCACUCCAAUACAAAUCAAACUCGCACAGCCAGGGCCCAUCCUUUCGCAACCAGCUGGUAUUCCACAGGCGGUUAAAUUCAAACAACUAGUAGUCCAGCAGCCUUCAGGAGGCAUUGCAAAACAAGUGGGUACACUUUCCCAUUCUUCAGCAUUGACCAUUCAGAAAUCUGGACAGAAGAUGCCUGUGAACACUGCAGUAACUACCCAUCAGUCACCUCCAGCUUCCAUUCUAAAACAAAUUACCCUGCCAGGAAAUAAAGUUCUGCCACUUCAAGGAUCUUCUAUUCAGAAAAAUAAAAUAAAAGAGAAUGGAACAACAUUCUUGAGUAGAGAUGAAGAUGAUAUCAAUGAUGUGACUUUGAUGGCAGGGGUGAACCUCAGUGAAGAAAAUUCCUGCAUCUUAGCAACAACCUCUGAAUUGGUUGGCACACUCGUUCAAUCAUGUAAAGAUGAACCAUUUCUUUUCACUGGAGCUCUACAGAAGAGGAUUUUAGACAUUGGUAAAAAGCAUGACAUUACGGAACUUAACUCUGAUGCUGUGAAUUUGAUCUCCCAUGCAACACAGGAGCGAUUACGAGGCCUUCUAGAAAAACUGACAACAAUUGCUCAGCAUCGAAUGACAACUUACAAGACAAGUGAAAAUUAUAUCCUGUCUAGUGAUACCAGGUCACAGCUCAAAUUUCUUGAAAAGCUGGAUCAGUUGGAGAAGCAGAGAAAGGAUUUAGAAGAAAGAGAAAUGUUACUUAAAGCAGCCAAGAGUCGUUCCAAUAAAGAAGAUCCAGAACAGCUGAGAUUAAAGCAGAAAGCCAAAGAGUUACAACAGUUGGAGCUCGCACAGAUACAGCAAAGAGAUGCUAACCUCACAGCCCUUGCUGCUAUUGGACCAAGGAAGAAGAGACCACUGGAAUCUGGGUCUGGAAAUGAGGGCUUAAAAGACAACCUUCUUGCUUCCGGGACAUCCAGCCUGACAGCCACCAGGCAGUUACUUUGUCCAAGAAUCACGAGAAUCUGCCUCAGGGACUUGAUAUUCUGUAUGGAACAGGAAAGAGAGAUGAAAUAUUCUCGAGCGCUAUACCUUGCCCUUCUGAAGUGACCACUCCCCUCUCCAUCCAGAUCCUUACUGUUUGCUGCCAAAGAAGACUUAAAGAGCAUUGUUACACUGUCUUGAAAUUUUCAGUUUCUGGAAAAUAAUCACCAGUAGGGAAGACCAUUGUUUACAGU